CAAAAUCUUGAAACGGCCCGCGACCACCGCGGCAAUGGAAGGGAAGAAGGACGCCUCGUGGAUGGAGGUACUUCCCAGGGCUAAGUGCAUGUAUGCGCGGCGGCGUGCGCCAAGCACACUUCUCGGACGGGAAAGGUCGUUACGGCGGUUUCGUCAAGGUGGAUUGCCGACGCCAUUCACGCCGAGUGGAUGACAUGGACGAAGAUACACCAACGCAACCGCCGGACAAUCGGAUGUCACAGUUGAGCUCGACCGAUGUUGCUGGUAUGCGAGCGCUGUUUGUAUUCUACGACACGAAUCGCGAUGGGAACCUCUCGUCUGGCCAAGCUCUUCGCAUCUUUCGACUGCUUGGGCUCUCCGUGAACGAGUCGCAUGUCUUCGAUCUCGAGCAAAUGUCUUUCGCAGGUGUGUGUGUGUGUGUCCCGAUAUCGGACUCUGACCGACCCAUCUCACAAGAAUUCGUCGCGAUCAUCGACUGUCACGUUCGCACGCCGCAGUCCUCGGACCCUAUUGCCGAGUGGGCAGUCGUCGACCAUUUCCGCAGCGAUCAAGUGACUCCCCAUCAGCUUGCAUACUUUCUCGCGAAUUGCGAGAAGAACAUUCCUCCCGCCCAUCUCGACCGCUUCCUCAUGCUGUACACGCAAUCUGACGAACAAACGUUUGUGGAUUUUCCGAAUUUUCAAAAGUUCCUCGUCGACUACCGCGCGCGGUCGGAAAAGCUGUCGGCGAUCCCGUCAGAAGUGCGACGUAAUGCAGUCCAAGUACAUCACGUUCAGAUACCAGAAGGCUUGGGCAUCACCACGGAUAACUCGACGGCGCGGGAGGACGACGACGACGUCUUUGAAUGAAUGAAACCAAAUCUUGAUUUGGGGUUGACACAAUCUAACUACGGCGCGACGCCAGACGCAGCCGCGGCGUUGGCGCGCUUCUUUGCUUUUGCC